AAACAUUUAGUUGAUUAAUCAGCAUAGAUACUUUGCUUUCUUCGUCGGUCAGUCGCUGUUGAAUUUUGCUUCCCUCUUCAAUUUCAGCCGUUUCAUUCAUUCCUCUGCCCCACCCAACCCUAUCCAACCCCUAGAUUUAAGGAUAAUAACAUCACUCUCCCCUCAUUUUACACAUUAAUAACACUCAAUUCGUUUCUUUGCACUACCGUUUCACCAUAGUAGUAGUAGUAACGAUGCUGAAGUAAAAAAUAGAUCCCGAUCUAGAAACUGUGUAAAUCAAGUCAACUGUAGAUUCAAUUUCAGUCAGAGAUGGGUUUUUUCAGUACUAUUUUUGGGUUUUUCGGAUUCGGAAUUGGGAUUUCCAUUGGUCUCAUCGCUGGCUAUUUUCUUUUCAUCUAUUUUCAACCUACCGAUGUUGAGGAUCCUGAGAUUAAGCCACUGGUCGAUCAAGAUGCUGAAACUUUGGAAGGAAUGCUUCCUGAGAUUCCAAACUGGAUUAAAAAUCCAGACUUUGAUCGGGUUGAUUGGCUUAACAAGUUUAUAGAAUUAAUGUGGCCUUAUCUUGAUAAGGCAAUUUGUAAGAUGGCGAAGAACAUUGCUAAACCCAUAAUUGAAGAGCAGAUUCCAAAAUAUAAAAUUGAUUCCGUUGAGUUUCAAACACUCACUUUGGGGUCCCUACCCCCAACUUUUCAAGGAAUGAAAAUUUAUGUGACUGAUGAGAAGGAGUUGAUUAUGGAGCCUUCUAUAAAAUGGGCUGGAAAUCCUAAUAUCACUAUUGCCGUUAAGGCAUUUGGGUUGAAAGCAACCGUUCAGGUUGUGGAUUUGCAAGUUUUUCUUUUGCCUCGCAUUUCUUUGAAGCCUUUGGUUCCAAGCUUUCCUUGCUUUGCCAACAUCUAUGUGUCUCUCAUGGAAAAGCCACAUGUUGACUUUGGGCUAAAGCUUGUAGGGGCCGAUCUUAUGUCUAUUCCUGGUGUCUACAGGAUUGUUCAGGAGCUUAUCAAAAAUCAGGUUGCAAACAUGUAUCUAUGGCCCAAAACCCUGGAAGUUCAAAUAUUAGAUCUGGCGAAAGCUAUGAGGAGGCCUGUUGGAAUUUUACAUGUAAAGGUUUUGCAUGCCAUGAAGUUAAAGAAGAAAGAUCUUCUUGGUGCAUCUGAUCCUUAUGUGAAACUAAAGCUUACUGACGAUAAGAUGCCAUCAAAAAAGACUACUGUGAAACACAAGAACUUAAAUCCUGAAUGGAAUGAAGAAUUUAAUUUGGUAGUCAAAGAUCCAGCGUCGCAGGUUUUACAGCUCAAUGUUUAUGACUGGGAACAGGUUGGGAAACAUGACAAGAUGGGUAUGAAUGUGAUUCCUAUAAAAGAAAUUUCCCCUGAUGAGCCUAAAAGUUUUACACUGGAUCUUUUGAAAACUUUGGAUCCCAAUGACGUUCAAAAUGAGAAAUCGCGAGGACAGAUUGUUGUGGAAGUGACUUAUAAACCACUCAAGGAAGAGGAGAUGGGCAAGGGCUUUGAUGAGACACAGACAAUACCAAAAGCUCCUGAAGGCACUCCAGCUGGUGGAGGUGUGCUUGUAGUUAUAGUCCAUGAAGCUCAAGAUGUCGAAGGAAAGUACCACACCAAUCCACAUGUACGUCUUAUUUUCAGAGGAGACGAGAAAAAGACUAAGCGCAUAAAAAAGAACAGAGAUCCAAGAUGGGAAGAUGAGUUCCAAUUUACAGUAGAGGAGCCUCCCACCAAUGAUAAACUACAUGUGGAGGUCGUCAGCACUUCAUCACGAAACCUGCUCCAUCAAAAGGAAUCACUGGGUUAUAUCAACAUCAAUCUUGGAGACGUUGUUUCUAACAAGAGAAUCAAUGAGAAGUACCAUCUUAUAGACUCCAAGAAUGGUCGCAUCCAGAUAGAGUUGCAGUGGAGAACUUCAUAAACAAACAUGAUGAUAAAAUCCCCAAAACCAUUUCUUAAAAUUUAGUCUUCCAUGCGGUGUAACGGUGAGAAGGGCCUUUGUUGUAUUUGUGUGAGUUAGAUUGCUUUUAUUUGUCAAUCAUGUACAUGCCUGUCAUAAAAAGGUUGAAAUAGCAAAAGCACAUAUAUGGUUUGAUUUGGAUAUAUAUACCAUAUGACAUGAUCAAAGACGAUAUAUAACAACGUUUUGGUCUCGUGGACAAAGUAUUAUGUUUUUUUAACUGAAAAAUAACUCUUCUACUUGAUUUAAA